UGUGUUCUCCCCGUGAUUGGCCGUCCUGCGUGACAAGUGCUCCGAUCCAGCUCUCUACAGGUCUGCGUUGUAACAGAUCCCUGUUGUUGCCGCAGGACUUGUGUGAUCGUGAUAAUCAUCUGUGAGGGGAAAAAAACAAACAAACAGCUGGAUCUCGUUUCCCCCCCCCCCCUAUCGGAGCGCGUCCACGGACAUCGUCACUUUUGCGCGGUUCGCCGCGUCUCUUUCAGUUGAAGGAUGAUGGGCUUCCUGCGCAGGACGUUCAGUCUCCGCUCACGGAGGCGCUUUCGACCGUCCGAUGAGCUCGAUGGUGGCGGCCGAGGCGUGAACGCGGCGCUUCAGGCGCACCAGCAGCAGCAGCAGCAGCCGAUUCCCGCCGUGGUGACCGGAGGCACUGUGGUUCACAUCCCCGCCGCGGGCAACAGCAAAUCGGCCAUCACCUGCAGAGUUCUGCUGUUAGACGGCUCGGAUGUCAGCGUUGAGUUACCGAAACAUGCAAAGGGACAGGACCUGUUUGAUCAAAUCAUGUAUCAUUUGGACCUUGUUGAGGCUGAUUAUUUUGGACUGCAGUUCAUGGAUCCGGAGCAGGUUGUGCACUGGCUGGAUGCCGCCAAACCCAUAAAAAAGCAGAUUACAUACGGCCCUCCAUACAGGCUGUUUUUCAGGGUGAAGUUCUACUCCUCUGAGCCCAAUAACCUUCAUGAGGAGUUCACGAGGUACCUUUUCGUGCUGCAGCUCAGACAAGACAUUCUGUCUGGCAAAUUAAAGUGUCCAUAUGAUGUAUCUGUGGAUCUUGGGGCUUAUUGCCUACAGAGUGAGUUGGGAGAUUGCGACCCAUUGGAACACACUCCUCUGUUGGUGUCAGAGUUUCGGUUCUCACCCAACCAGACGGAGAUCAUGGAGGCGGACAUUUACCGCAAAUGGGCCGAGUGCAGGGGGAUGAGUCCAUCACAGGCAGAGCUGAACUUUCUAAAUAAGUGUAAGUGGCUGGAGAUGUAUGGAGUUGACAUGCACUUUGUGAAGGGUCGUGAUGGAGGAGACUAUGCUCUGGGUCUUACUCCAACAGGAAUUCUGGUAUUUGAAAGAUCCAACAAAAUUGGCCUUUUCUUUUGGCCCAAAAUCACACGUCUGGACUUUAAGAAAAACAGGCUGACGCUAAUGGUGGUGGAAGAUGAUGACCAGGGUCGUGAGCAGGAGCACACGUUUGUUUUCCAGCUCUCCAGCUCAGUGGUGUGUAAGCAACUAUGGAAGUGCGCCGUCGAGAGCCAUGCGUUCUUCCGCCUUAGACAGCCGGCACAGAACAAAGCAAGUCGCAACGACUUCACACGCCUCGGCUCACGCUUUCGCUUCAGUGGAAGGACUGAGUAUCAGGCGACUCACUCAGGAAGGGUCAGGAGGGCAAGCACUUUCGAGAGACGACCGAGCAAAAGAUAUCCAUCAAGGACACAAUCACUCGGCAAAGCCAUUACUCCAGCAAAGCACCACCAUCCAAGUGCCCAGCCCAGUCCUGAUCCUGGCUUAAAACUGUAUCCGCACAACAUUCCGAUUGGUCAGGAGCCUUGGUCCAGACCACUCCCACCCACUUUGACCCCACCACUCUUCAUCCAGCCCACUGAAAUGGGCCACAAUCCACCACCUCCAAGUUUCCCACUGAGCAGUGCAGAUACCCAAAGGUUUAGUGUGGAAGAGAAUGAAACUCUGCUUUCCGCAACGCUCCACUACUGCUAUCGAUGGCAUGGCUAUGAGAAACAGGAAGUCCCGUGCCUCACUUUAACAAAGCCUAAGCCAUGGGAUGUUCCCUCGGUACACACAGAAGAUCUCGAUCGACCUUUACGGAGCCCGAAACAGUUACAGCCGGAUUCAAUACCCUGGCCAGCCCUUCACAUCAACAUUGAUACAGCAGAAGAAAAGCAACUGUCAGAGAAAAGCCUACCUUCGUCUCCAGCUUGCAUACAUGAUCAGCGCAAAAGCAAUAUUCUCAGACAUGUAAUGCACAGUGAGAGUGCGAAUUCAAAGGGGAAUUGUUCCAGCGGAGAGCAGAACAACAGAAUGCCCAGCUCCUCUCAGGAUUCAGCCUCCAACACUGUGACCACGGAUAGGCCGCGGGUGGAACGCCGCAAACGCCUGGUCAGGCAGUUCAGCUUUAACCACAGUGAUGAAGAUGACCUCCCAGAUGCGCUCGCGGCCAUAUCUUCCGAGAGCAACAUGGGAAGAUCUACAUCUAACAGCUCACUGGACAAACAGGUCCAGCCUCCAAUCUACCCCCAGCAAAAGGUCUCGCCGUUGGAGCACAGCAACAAAUCUCCAUUUCAUCCAGGCAAUGAAGACCUGAGAAUGGAUAGAGAAAAACUGCUGAGAGCAUUACAAAUGACUGAACUCUAACACUAUACGCACACCUGCACAAUCAGUUGCACUGUACAAAUUUUAUUAAUUUACAUGGCAUUAAGUCUAAUUUAAUUUUUUAUUCUAUUGUUUUUUAUUGUAAAGCUUAUACCUUUACCAACACACAUGCAAAAUCAUGCUUCAAAAAAUCCUAUCUAUCUAUGUUUAUGUAAUUCCCCCCUGACACCCUUUAAUUAUUAAUUUGUUCCUUAUGAUUGUUUAUGCCAUGUUUAGAGCAUAUUGUAUAUGAUUAUUGUAAAUAACACAUGACACAUGGCUACUGUACAUACACUGUAAAAACCAGGGAUCUUUCACAUUGUCGUUUGUUUUCACCCAGGUUUUGUAACAUUUUGAGGAAACGCUUUGCACAAACACUAUACAGUAUUUAAAUUUAUAUUCAUCACUAC